AUGCCUUCUAUUUCUUUCCCAAUUAACGCCCCACACUUCCACAAUUUCGUUUCUUCUAAAUGUCCAAGGACCGCGGCUUCUCUCCCCAGGACUAUUGGUUAUGGUUUCUUGAAACUCAAGAAAGAGAAAGAAGUUUCGGUGCAACUUUCGAGCCUAACGUCACCUGUCUCUAGAGUGGAAACCUUCUGCAAUCUCCACUUUGGGCGCUGGCAACCUUCGCCUCAAGAAUUGGGUCCACACAAUAGCUUUGAGUUUGGCAAUUUUGUGGUAAGAGAGUCCCUUCUGGAAGAAGAGUAUUGGACAGCAGCGUGGCUAAGGGCAGAAUAUGAAGGGGAAAAGAGAAAAGAACAAUUUAGUUAUUAUAGGAAGAGGGAAUUUGCUUAUAAGGAAUUUUAUAAGAUAAAAAAGAGGUGCAAGGAGCCACAACAAGGUCAGAGUUCCACAUGCAUCAUCACGGUGAAGAAGCAGCACAAGGAUGUAAAACGCUUGGUAGUAAGAAGUGUUGUAGGAACCCUUGAUUUGAAUAUCCGAUAUUUGCUGGUAGGGGAGACCUUUCCUGGGGAACUUGGGAAUCCUCCUCGUUUUUGUAAAGUCAAUCGAACACCAUCAAGCAUUUUUGGUUAUAUUGCAAACUUGUGUGUUGCCAAAUCACUUCGCCGCAAGGGUAUUGCAAGCAACAUGUUGUAUUUUGCUGUGGAAUCUGCAAAAUCCAAUGGUGUGCCACGUCUUUAUGUGCAUGUGGACAGAGACAAUAACCCUGCACUGGUAUUGUACCAAAAGUUUGGGUUUGAGGUAGUUGAUAGGGCAAACCCCUCGUUGAUAAAAAGUAAAACAUACUUGCUAGGGUUGGAUUGUUUCUGA